AUUCCUAUUGUCCAAGAUGGCGGCGGCGGUGCAGCCUCUCCGCUGCUGCUGAUGUUCCCGCAGCCGUUUCCGUUGGUUUUCCGGCGCGUUGCUCUUGAGCCGCGGCAGCAGCAGCAGCACCCGCACCCCCAGCACCCCCAGCAGCCCCAGCAGCCCCAGCAUGAAGCGGCAGCCCAGCCCGCCCAGGGCCAGUAAGCGGCCGCGGGACGGCGCGUCCCGGCGGGAGCCGCGCAGCGGCCGCGAGGAGCGCGCCGCCGAGCGCGCGGCCGCGGAGCUGCACCACAGGCACGAGCUCGGCCUGCUGGGGCGGCUGCCGCCGCUGCGCGGCCCCGCGGCCGGGGGGGCCGGCAGGGCCGAGCCCACGGCCCCCCCGGCCGCGGGGCCGCGCCUGGAGUACAAGACGCUGCUGAUCAGCAACGUGGGCGCGCAGGUGUCGGACGAGGACGUCGAGGACGCUCUUUUCCACGAGUUCAAGAAGUUCGGCGACGUGAGCGUGAAGCUGUCGCACACGCACGAGCACGGGCGCGUGGCCUACGUCAACUUCCGGCACCCGGAGGACGCCAAGGAGGCGCGGCACGCCAAGGCGUCGCGGCUGGUGCUGGGGGGGCCCCUGGGGGGGCCCCUGAAGGUGGAGCCCAUGUACGUGAGGAGACGCAGCGCCACGCCGCCCCCCGAGACGGGCUACCUGCCCCUGCCGCCGCCCUACCCGUACCGGCAGCGCUCGCUGUCGCCGGAGGCCCCGCUGCGGGCCCCGCGGGGGGACCUGCGGGACCCCCGGGACCUGAGGGAGCUCAGGGACCUCCGGGACCUGCGGGACCUCCGGGACCUGCGGGCGCGGCACUACGCCCUGGAGUCCCUGACCCGGGACCGGGACCGGCUGCUGGACUACUACGGCAUGCUGGACGAGCGGGGCCGGCCCUACGGGCUGGCGGCGGCGGCCCCGGCGCUAGCGCCGCCCGCCGAGGACCUGAAGCCCGAGGACGACCAGCGCGCGACCAGCAACCUCUUCAUCGGCAACCUGGACGGCGGCGUGACGGAGGCGGAGCUGCGGCGCGGCUUCGACAAGUACGGCGCCAUCGAGGACGUGGUGAUCAAGCGGCCGGCGCGCGGCCAGGGCGGCGCCUACGCCUUCGUCAAGUUCCAGAACCUGGACAUGGCGCACCGCGCCAAGGUGGCCAUGCAGGGCCGGCCCAUCUCGGGCGGCAGCGGCGGCAACCCCGUCAAGAUCGGCUACGGCAAGGCCAACCCCACCACGCGGCUGUGGGUGGGCGGGCUCGGCCCCGGCAACUCGCUGGCCGCGCUGGCGCGCGAGUUCGACCGCUUCGGCAGCAUCCGCAGCGUGGACUACGUGAAGGGCGACAGCUUCGCCUACGUGCAGUACGAGUCGCUGGACGCCGCGCAGGCCGCCUGCACGCAGAUGCGCGGCUUCCCGCUGGGGGGGCCGGAGCGCCGGCUGCGCGUGGACUUCGCUAAAGUGGAGGAGGCGCCGCCGCUGCCGCCGGCGCGGGGCUUCCCCGCCGGCUACCAGCCCCCCGCUGCCGCCGCCGCGCUGGGCUACGAGCUUUUGGGCGAGACGUACGGCCGCCACCGCAGUCGCUCGCCGCCGCCGGCGCCCCACGCCCUGCUAGCGCUGCGGGACUUCUCCGGCAGCCCGCCCCCCCAGCGGCGGCCCCCCGAGGCGUUCGGCCGGCGGGGCCUCGGGGGGCGGAGCCGCAGCCGGAGCCGCGAGCGCUGGCUGAAAGAGCGCGAGGAGAGGCGGAGCCGGAGACGGAGCCGCAGCCGGAGCCCGGCGUCCCCCGACCGGGACAAGGACCGGGGCCGGUCCCGGCUGCGGGGGGGGCCGGGCUCCCCGGACGCCAGCCCGGACCGGGCCCGGGUCCGGGCCCCCGACUCCACCACGGAGCCGCGGGACCACACCCCGGAGCCCCGCCCCCCUGAGGACGAGGCCCCGCCCCCGCGCCACCACGGCAAGCGGUCGUCGGAGCACCUGAACAACCACCAGCGUAGCAGCGGCGGCGCUAGCGGUGGUGUUAGCAGCUCGCCCCCGCCGCCCAGCGACACCGCCCCCGCCCCCGCCUCGCUGUCGGAGUUCGCGGCGGCGGCGCUAGGUCGCACCUGGCGCGGCUUCUUCGCGCUGAAGAACAGCAGCUUCCCCACGGACCUGUACCUGCUGGACGGCGGCGCCGCCUUCUUCGCCGCCGUCAUGCGUGACAGCCGCAGCCAGAACCAGAACCAGCUGAAGAUCGCCCAGCGGCUGCGCAUGGACCAGACCCGUCUGGACGAGGUGGCGCGCCGCAUCAAGCUGGGCCGGCCCGACGGCUGCUUCUCCAUCCUGCUGGCGCUGCAGGGCCCGCUGGACCGCGGCGCCGCGCCGCCGCAGCCCGGCCUGCAGGUGCGGCUGCUGCGCCACCUGGUCACCUACCUGCGCAACAAGGAGGCGGCCGGCGUGGUCAGCCUGCCCGCCGCCAAGGAGGGCGGGCCCGGCGCCAUGCUGUACGCCUUCCCGCCCGGAACCUUCUCCCAGCAGUUCCUGACGGCGGCCCGGAGGACGGUGGGGAAUCUGGACGAGGAGCACAUGGUGGUCGUGAUCGUCAACGACACUAACUGACCCGGGACCCGGACACACUACGUUCCUUCCUCCGCCGGGUCAGAACCGGGUCAGAACUCUCUGCUGCAGCGGAACUCGACACUAACUGUUUUUAAGCUUCUAACUUUAUUCGUUUUUAUCUUCUGUGACUCCACCGGAUGUUUGUUUUGUACCGCCCACUUUUACCACCCAGGGCUGGAAGUAGCCGCCGCCGCGCGACCAUGACGUUAGCACGCCGCCACCGUGACGCCACCGCGAUGUUAGCGCGACGUUAGCGUGCUGCCAACGCGACGUUAGCGCGAUGUUAGCGCCACACUAGCACGCCGCCACCGUGACGUUAGCGCGCCGGACUGCGAUGUUAGCGCGAUGUCAGCGCGCCGUUAGCACGACAUUAGCAUGUCGCCGACGCAACGUUAGCACGCCGCGACUGCGAUGUUAUGCGCGAUGUCAGCGCGCCGUUAGCACGACAUUAGCAUGUUGCCAACGCGACGUUAGCGCGCUGCGACUGCGAUGUUAGCACGAUGUCAGCGCGUCGCCACCGCGACAUUAGUGCAACAUUAGCACGCCGCCACCGCAAUGUUAGCGCGCCAUCACCGUGACGUUAGCGCGCCGCGACUGCGAUGUUAGCGCGACAUUAGCACGCUUCCACCGCGAUGUUAGCGCGACAUUAGCGCGCCACCACCGCGAUGUUAGCGCGACAUUAGCGCACCACCAACGUGACGUUAGCGCGCCGCCACCGCGACGUUAGCGCACCGCCGCUCAACGCUACGUUCUCGCCUCGGCGGAAUAACGAGCCUCAAUGGCAACGCGAGGAAAGAUUGUUUUUAAUAACGAAAUCAUGACUUUUUACUUUGAGACGUUCAAACGUUAG